AUGUCCUACAAGGAGGUGGACGGUGUCAAGCCCGGCGUCCUCACCGGCGACGCGGCGUGGGGCAUCCUGAAGUACGCGAAGGAGAACAAGUUCGCCAUCCCCGCCUUCAACUGCACCAGCAGCUCCACGGUCAACUCCGUGCUGGAGGCUGGGAAGGAGCUCGACCGGCCUGUCAUGAUCCAGUUCUCGGAGGGUGGUUCCGCCUUCUUCGCGGGCAAGAGCUUGCCCAACGACAAGGGCAAGCUGCAGGCUUCCAUCCUCGGGGCGGUCGUGGGCGCCCACUACGUGCGCCAAGUCGCUCCCGCGUACGGGGUACCUUGCUUCGUCCACUCGGACCACUGCGCCAAGGACACUCAAGCUGCUGCCCUGGUUCGACGGCAUGCUCGAGGCCGACGAGUCGUUCUUCAAGGAGCGCACGGCGAGCCGCUCUUCUCCUCCCACAUGCUGGACCUCUCCGAGGACUUCGAGCCCGACGAAGAGAACAUCGAGAUCUGUGCUAAGUACCUGAAGCGGAUGGCCCCCAUGAAGCUGAUUUUGGAGAUGGAGAUCGGAAUCACUGGCGGUGUCGAGGAUUACGACGGCGUCGACAACAGCGGCGUCUCCAAGGAGAAGCUGUACUCGACCCCCGAGGACGUCUUCAAGGUGUAUACGGGCCUGUCCCCCAUCUCCCACAUGUUCACCAUCGCGGCGGCAUUUGGCAACGUGCACGGCGUCUACAAGGCGGGGAACGUCAAGUUACAGCCAGAGUUGUUGCACAGCUUCCAGAAGCACGCCACGGAGAAGACGGGUAUCACCAACCCGCUAUUCUUCGUUUUUCAUGGCGGCAGCGGCUCCGAGAAGGCCGACAUCGCGACGGCGUUGGAAGCCGGCGUAGUGAAGAUGAACGUCGACACGGACACCCAGUGGGCGUACUGGGAGGGCCUGCUGAAGUUCUACAAGGCCAAGGAGGGUUAUUUGCAGGGGCAGAUCGGCAACCCAGAGGGCCCGGAGAAGCCGAACAAGAGCUACUACGACCCGCGCAAGUGGGUCCGCGAGUCGGAGGUCAGCAUGGUGAAGCGCGUCAAGGAAAGCUGCCAGGACCUGGCCAAUGUGAACAAGUAG